AUGACAACGCCAGCCCUCAUUGACCACUCACCCCACCAGCCUGAGCCCUCACCACCGGUAGCAACGGCAUCUAAUCUUAUUCUCAUUGAUAACUACGACUCUUUCACCUGGAAUAUUUAUCAAUACCUGGUUCUUGAGGGUGCCACAGUUCAUGUUUUCCGAAAUGACCAAAUCACCGUUGAAGAGCUGGUAAAAAAGAACCCAACUCAGAUCAUCAUCAGCCCUGGUCCUGGCCAUCCCACCACCGACUCUGGUGUCAGCAGAGACGCGAUUCGACACUUUGCCGGCAAGAUUCCAAUUUUUGGUGUCUGUAUGGGGUUGCAAUGCAUGUUUGAUGUCUAUGGUGGUCAGGUCGACUCUGCCGGGGAGUGGCUUCACGGGAAGACGUCACCACUGACCCACGACUCGAAAGGAGUUUUUGCCGGUCUUGAGCAAGGCCUUCCCGUAACUCGAUACCACUCUUUGGCAGGGACCCGCCUGACACUUCCCGAAUGUUUGGAGGUGACGUCUUGGGUAGCCAAAGACGAUGGUUCACAAGGCAUCAUUCAAGGUGUCCGCCAUAAGAAAUUCGCCAUGGAAGGUGUACAGUUUCAUCCCGAAAGCAUUCUGACAGCUCACGGCCGUACAAUCAUUAAGAAUUUCCUGCACAUGCAAGGUGGCACCUGGGAAGAGAACGCCCAACUGCAGAAGCCAGCCGCAACCAACGGAACCACCACAGCAUCACUGCCAAAGAAGAACAACAUUCUCCAAAGGAUCUACGCAAAUCGGAGAGCUGCAGUAGAAGCUCAAAAACAGAUUCCUUCUCAGAGAAUGUCUGAUCUUGAAGCUGCUUACGGGUUGAAUGCAGCCCCUCCACAAGUCCCUUUCUUGGCUCGUCUUAAGCAGACACCUUUUGAUGUAGCCUUAAUGGCUGAAAUCAAGCGCGGGUCUCCCUCGAAGGGUAUUUUUGCCCUUGAAAUAAACGCACCGGUGCAGGCCAGAAAGUACGCGUUGGCUGGUGCAAGUGUCAUCUCAGUGCUUACCGAACCUGAGUGGUUCAAGGGUAGUAUCGAGGACCUCCGUGCCGUUCGACAGGUGCUUGAUGGUAUGCCAAACAGGCCUGCCAUUCUACGAAAGGAGUUUAUUUUUGACGAGUAUCAAAUUUUGGAAGCAAGACUAGCCGGUGCAGAUACUGUGCUUCUGAUUGUCAAGAUGCUCGAGACCGAGCUCCUUGAGCGAUUGUACAAGUACUCCCUUUCAUUGGGAAUGGAGCCUUUAGUAGAGGUCCAAACCGCUGAAGAAAUGGAGAUUGCUGUAAAGCUCGGCUCAAAAGUCAUCGGUGUCAACAAUCGAAACUUGGAGAGCUUUGAAGUGGACAUGGACACAACCGGCCGACUGCGGAAAAUGGUUCCCGAAAGCACAGUGAUAUGUGCACUUUCAGGUAUCAACAGCCACAAAGAUGUGCUUGCAUGCAAGAAUGAUGGUGUCAACGCGAUUCUUGUUGGCGAGUCAAUCAUGCGAGCGCCAGACGCCACUUCCUUCAUUACGGAAUUAUGCUCAGGAUCCAAGCCUACGGAGAAGAAACGACAGCCAAAGCCCCUCUUUGUCAAAGUUUGUGGAACUCGAAGUCCCGAGGCAGCGAAACAGGCCGUGGAAUCCAAAGCUGACUUCGUUGGGAUCAUCCUGGUGCCCGGUACAAAACGAUGUGUCUCACACGAGACUGCUUUGGCCAUCUCAGAAGCCGUUCAUGCAUCAGGGGACAAUCUGGCAGACAGAAAAGAAGAGCCGGUUCCCAAGAGCGGAGCUGCUGAUUUCUUCGCCGCCGCAGCAGAUCGUCUGCAGAGCUCGAGGACGCGGUUGGUAGGUGUGUUCAUGAACCAGCCUCUAAGUGAAGUCUUGGAGAAGCAGAGACUGUAUAAACUGGACAUGGUACAGCUUCACGGAGAGGAACCCAUCGAGUGGGCCAAGAUUAUCCCCGUCCCAGUCAUCCGAUCAUUCAAGCCAGACAAUGUCGGAAUCGGACUGCGUGGCUAUCACACCAUUCCUUUGCUCGACUCGGGCGCUGGAUCUGGAAAGCUGCUGGAUGUUUCGAAAGUCAAGGCGGCUCUGGAAAGGGACCCUGAUCUGCGGAUAUUUCUUGCUGGAGGUUUGAACCCAGAAAACGUUACCGAGGCUGUUAAGGCACUGGGAGACCUCAGUGAUCGUGUAAUAGGUGUGGAUGUUAGCAGUGGCGUCGAGGAAGGUGGCAAACAGAGUCUUGAGAAAAUCGAUGCUUUUGUCAGGGUCGGCAAGGCGAUUCGAUAA